GGAUGUCCCGUUUUUGGGGAGGGAGUAGAAAGCCGAGGGGGCGUCUGGACUCAACAAGUAGCUCUAAAGACGUCGUCACUGUUUCCACUUUUCUGUCAUUUUUAACCUUUUGAAGGAUCUGAAACACCUCUUUCUCAACGGAGCCUGAUCAUCAUCGUCAUCAUCUGCCAUGGCCGUAGAAGGGGGAAUGAAAUGCGUCAAGUAUCUACUUUUCUUUUUCAACUUAAUUUUCUGGUUAUGUGGACUUGCGCUGAUUGCCGUGGGAGUGGUCGUGCAGGUUUCUUUUCACAAAUCCUUUCUGAUCCGUGACGCGUCGGCCUCUGCGGCGCCCAUUUUCAUCAUCGGAGUGGGCGUUCUGAUUUUCUUCAUCGCGUUCUUCGGCUGCUGUGGAGCCUGGAAAGAAAGCUACUGCAUGGUCACCACGUUUGCGAUCCUUCUCUCGUUGAUCAUCAUUGCUGAGGUUGCUGCAGCGAUUGUCGGAUACGUAUACAGAAACAAGCUCUCAGACGUCGUCCAGAACAGUCUCGGCGAAAUGAUCAGCAACUACAAAAACUCCUCAGCAGAAUUCAAAGACGCCGUGGAUAAACUGCAGCAGGGCUGGAAAUGCUGCGGUUCCAACAACGCUUCUGACUGGAAGGACUUUGAUGCCGACAAAAAGUCAGUGCCUGACUCGUGCUGCGUGAACGUCACUAAAGGCUGUGGAAAAGGAGCCAUUGAAAAUCCCAGCAAAGUGUACGACAAGGGUUGCCAUGAUGCCUUGGUGGCCUUCAUGAAGCAGAACAUUCAGUGGGUGAUAGUUGCGGCUCUCGUUAUUGCCGUCCUGCAGAUUAUGGGCAUCGUGUUCUCCUGCUUGUUGAUGAGAGGCAUCCGCAGCGGCUAUGAAGUCAUGUGAUUAAUCUACAUAUAACUGCUUACUGGGAGUUUGGUUUCUAAAAAAUGCUCACAUUAAACUUUCUAUAUUAUUCACAGAACAUUUAUAUUUUUCCCUUAUUAAAAUCUGGGGUUUUAGUGUCAUGUUAGAACAUUAUUCCUGCUUUGAUACUGUAAAUGCAAAGGAAAGCAUUAACAUUCAGAGUAAAGCUGGUGAACGUCUCACGGUUUAGAGAAAGCCGAAAGACCUUUAAGGUGGCAUUUUCUGUAGACUAUUCUGAAUCAAUUUUAGGGUUAUGUUUUUAAGUUCUGGUUCUACUUAUAUUUGUAAUAAAGUAAAUAAAUGACAUGGGUUUUCAUUAAAGACAGUGAAGAAAAACAA